AUGUCGAACGCGCGUUCGCGUGCGACGCGCCGACGUGCGACGUGGUAUGUGACCUUGUUCGCGUGCGCAUCCGCGUUUGCGUGCGUCGCGUCGCGCGUGCGCGGCGUCGAAGCGUCGACAACCUAUGAGUUCAUCCACUACGCUCGAAACGACUUUUACGGCGCUCUGGACGUCGCACGAGACGCCAAUAGCACGAUCAUCGCGAAGAAGUACCGUAAACUCGCCCUGAGCUUGCACCCGGACAAACUGCCGAAGGAGAUGGACCGUGCGCAGCGCCAAAAGGCGAAGAAACAUUUUGAAGUCAUCGCCGAGGCGAAGAAAAUUUUGCUCGACGAGACGCUGCGGAAAGAGUACGACGACGUCAUCGCGUCGUUGCCGAAGUUUGCGAGACCGAAAUUUGGAAAGAGAAGCGCGUUUGAUAAGGAGGAGGUGAAAUUCAGCGCAUGGUUGGUGAUGACGGUGUUUACGGCGUUUUGUGUGUCGUUCGUUUCGGUGGCGCAGUACACUUCGAGAGCGGCGGACAAGCAAUCGUUGAUGCAGAGCGCCUUUUAUUUGCAAAAGUUAAAGAGUAGGAAUAAGAACUUACCAAAGCCCGAUCGCGUGACGGCGGAGGAAUAUUUUGAAGAGUUUUUGGUGGAGUUUGGGCUGACGGAUUUGACGGGAUGGGAGCACACGACGGGUGGGAAGUUACUCGCGAGACUGCGAGGACGCAUUCCGGAGAACGAGAAGGCGGAGACGACGGAGGCGACGGAGACGAGCGAUGCUUCGACGUCGGCGUCGGCGUCAGCGUCGGGACGGGACGGCGAAGACGCGGUGACGUCUUUAAGGAGGCGAGGGAAAAAGAAAGGGAAGAACAAAGGACGGCGAGACGGUGGCUCGAGCGGAGGAGGCAGCGUCGAUCGGCGCGCUGCGACGGCGCUCAAGCAUCUUCGCUCGGAAGGCGAAGCGAGACGCAUGAUGUUUGGCGACUCGUACGAUAUCGAAUAG